UUGACCAGUUAACUUUAAAAAGACAACAGUGUCCGGUCACGAUUGCUUUGACUACCGGGGAUUUUCAUGAGUGCUCCUCCGGUGAUUCGUCCGCCAAGUCCCCUUGCGGGGUCUAAUGGCAUCUCCUUCCAAAUUCAGAUCGGGUUGAGCCGCGAGCCUGUUAUGCUGGACUCCUGUGACUUCAGCCUCGCGCACGUCCGGGAGAUGGCAUGCUCCAUCGUUGACCAGAAGUUCCCAGAGUGUGGGUUCUACGGGAUGUACGACAAGAUCCUGCUGUUCCGUCAUGAGCCCAACUCGGAGAACAUCCUGCAGCUGGUGCGCUGUGCCUCAGACAUCCAGGAGGGGGAUCUGGUGGAGGUGGUGCUGUCAGCCUCGGCCACCGUGGAGGACUUCCAGAUCCGGCCGCACGCCCUCUUUGUGCACUCGUACCGCGCUCCGGCCUUCUGCGACCACUGUGGGGAGAUGCUGUGGGGACUGGUCCGACAGGGCCUCAAGUGUGAGGGCUGUGGGCUGAACUACCACAAGCGCUGUGCCUUCAAGAUCCCCAACAACUGCAGCGGCAUUCGCAAGCGGCGACUGUCCAACGUCUCGCUCACGGGCCUGACUACCACCCGCUCCGUGUCCACAGAGCCAUCCCCCACCACCUCCGAUGACGCCUUACUGAAGAACGCAUCAGACAUCUUUCCUGGCAGAGGACGCUCCAACUCCCAGUCGUACAUCGGCCGGCCCAUUGAGCUGGACAAGAUCCUGCUGUCCAAAGUGAAAGUGCCGCACACGUUCGUCAUCCACUCCUACACCCGACCCACUGUCUGCCAGCACUGCAAAAAACUGCUCAAGGGCCUCUUCCGCCAAGGACUGCAGUGCAAAGAUUGCAAAUUUAACUGUCAUAAACGCUGUGCACCCAAAGUGCCAAACAACUGCCUUGGAGAGGUAUCCAGAAAUGGAGACCUGUUGAGCCCGGGGGCGGAGGCUGACAUAGUAAUGGAGGAGGGCGACGAUCUGGACAGCGACAGACACAGCCCUCUCAUGGACGACCUGGAGGAGUCGCUCGCCCCCGACUCCGCCGCCCUGCUGGAGGCUGCCCACGGCGAUAUAGGAGACCUUCAGGACCAUGACCCCGACGACCCCAACAGGAUCAUCAGUCCAUCCACCAGUAACAACAUCCCCCUCAUGCGAGUGGUGCAGUCGGUCAAACACACCAAGAGGAAAAGCAGCAACGUGCUCAAGGAGGGCUGGCUUGUGCAUUUCACCAGCAAAGACACCCUGCGCAAGAGACACUACUGGAGGCUGGACAGCAAGUGUAUCACCUUAUUUCAAAAUGAAACGGGAAGCAAAUACUACAAGGAGAUCCCCCUGUCAGAAGUGCUGUCCCUUGAGCCGGCCAAAACCUUCGACCUGCUACCCGAGGGCGCCAACCCACACUGCUUCGAGAUCACCACGGCGACCCUGGUGUACUUUGUGGGCGAGCAGCUGAUGCGGCCGGACGGUGGCGGGGCGGCCGAGAGCCACGGCAGCAUGCUGGUCAGCGGCACCGGCCAGGACGUGGCCCGCAUGUGGGAGAUGGCCAUCCAGCAUGCCCUCAUGCCCGUCAUCGCCAAGGGGCUGUCGCAUGGCAACCGCCACAGCCACCACAAAGAUGUUUCUAUCAGCAUUUCAGUAUCCAACUGCCAGGUGCAAGAGAAUGUGGACAUCAGUUCUGUUUAUCAGAUAUUUCCUGAUGAAGUUCUUGGCUCUGGGCAGUUUGGCAUUGUCUAUGGAGGGAAACACAGGAAGACGGGUCGGGACGUGGCCAUCAAGAUCAUCGACAAGUUACGCUUCCCUACCAAGCAGGAGAGCCAGCUACGCAACGAGGUCGCCAUCUUACAGAACCUCCAUCACCCUGGUGUCGUCAACCUGGAGUGCAUGUUUGAGACGCCUGAGCGCGUGUUUGUUGUCAUGGAGAAGCUCCAUGGCGACAUGCUGGAGAUGAUCCUGUCCAGCGAGAAAGGGAAGCUGCCCGAGCGCAUCACCAAGUUCCUGGUCACUCAGAUUCUAGUGGCUCUGCGACAUCUCCAUUUCAAGAACAUUGUGCACUGUGACCUCAAGCCUGAGAAUGUUCUGCUAGCUUCCGCUGACUCCUUCCCACAAGUGAAGCUGUGCGAUUUCGGCUUCGCCCGCAUCAUCGGCGAGAAGUCGUUCCGGCGCUCGGUGGUGGGCACCCCGGCGUACCUGGCCCCCGAGGUCCUGCGCAACAAGGGCUACAACCGCUCGCUGGACAUGUGGUCGGUGGGCGUCAUCGUCUACGUCAGCCUCAGCGGCACCUUCCCCUUCAACGAGGACGAGGACAUCAACGACCAGAUCCAGAACGCUGCCUUCAUGUACCCGUCUCACCCGUGGAAGAAGAUCUCGCAGGAGGCAAUUGACCUCAUUAAUAACUUACUGCAAGUCAAGAUGAGGAAGCGCUACAGCGUGGACAAGUCCCUCAGCCACCCCUGGCUCCAGGACUAUCAAAUGUGGUUGGACCUGCGGGGUCUGGAGUACCGAAUGAACGAGCGCUACAUCACGCACGAGAGCGACGACCAUCGCUGGGAGCACUACGCUCAGCAGAACGGCCUCCAGUACCCGACCCACCUCCUCAAUCCCCAUGGUAACCUGAGCGAGGGGGUGGAGACAGAGGAGGAGCUGGAACUGGACACGCUCAGCGAGAGGGUUAGCGUGCUGUGACCUGCCCGUGCCCUCUCCAGAUCGCUGCGCUCAUCUCCCUCUCCAUCACUCUCUCUCUCUAUCUCUCUUUCUUUCUCUCUUUCUCUGACUCUCCCCCGCUCUCUCUCUCUCUCUGCCUCUUUCCACUCUUUUACAUGCCCUCAUUUUAGCAUCCCCAAGCCUCCACUCAAGUCUGUCUGCUUGCUUAACUGACCUCUCCGUCUACCUAUUUAGUCUCCCUAUUUAGUCUCCCUAUUAUUACUUGUGUGAUCCCCUCUUCUCUCUCUCUCUUCCUUCAUCCCUACUUCUCUUCUGUAUCCUUCUAUCUCUCCUUCACAUCGACAGGUCAUCACAAAUCUCGGAUUCUUAUCGGCCUUUAACAAACAGACAACUCAGUGACACAUAAUGUUUUUGUUCCCCGUUUGGGUUUUUAAUUUGCCUAUUUAUUGACAUUUUGGCUUCUUGUUAUUUUUUUCUCUCUGUCUCUCUCUCUCUCAGUGAACUUUUCCCUAAACAAAGGUGAAUAGAUCAACGUGAGUCUACUUGUUUUAAAUGGCAACAGUACGAAAGCUGUGGCCUCUGUUGUGCUUGCUGAAUUUAAUUACGACAGAAUUAUGACAGCGCUUCUCUCAGGCCUCUUAACUGACAUAAAAUGACUGUGCCAGACAUCAGGCUUUAUUUGGGAAUUUGCCAUUGUGUGGUGUGUGAACAGAGGGCCUGUGGUGGUCGUUGUGGCAGUGUUAGGACGUGACAAAAGGAUAAGAUGAAAUCAGUGUUGCUGACAGCCCUUGUUGCUUCUCGUAGUGCAUUAUGUGUGUGUGUGUGUGUGUGUGUGUGUGUGUGUGUGUGCGCGCGUUAGUGUGCCUAUUCGGUGUCUGUGUGUAUGUAAGGCUCUGUGUGCGAACUCUGCACAAAUGCAUCAGG